AUGCCGGCCGCACUGGUCAACCGUCUGGAUCGGGACAUCUACCAGAUCGUCCGGAAAUUCGAGGACGAGCAGUCCGAGAAGACGGCAAAGACCGGGGUUCCACCCAAAUUCACCGUCUCUGGCGUCUACGACAGGAUCAAGCGCUCCAACUCGAGCCUGUCGAGGGAGAAGAAGAGGCCCUUGGAAGACUCGAUAGAGCGCGUCCUGCGUUUCCGAAAGGAGGAACGCCUGGAGGAUGAUGAAGAUCAGGCCAUGGAUGAUGCGCCGACCGACGAGCCAAAGGUCAAGGAGCGCGACUAUUUCCUCAUGAAUAAGCAGAUCGCCAGGUCUUGGAAUGUGGCAAGGAGGGAGCGCACGCCAGAGGUGACGACAGGGUCUACCACACCCGCAGUCGAGACCGUCGACUCUGCCAUUGUCCUGACGGACAGGCAACCUAACGGGGAGCCCAAGUCCAAGAAGUUGAAGACGAGGCAGGUCAAGGAAAAGGAGCCCGUAGACCGCAGCCCGCCGGCCGGUGUCUCCCUCGAGGACCUGGGUGGCAUGGACGACGCCAUCGAACAGCUCAUCAAGGAUGUGGCUCGGCCCAUGCGCCUUACUGGUGCCUACAUUGCAGCGCAUGCGAACCCGACUCGCGGUGUAUUGCUGCACGGCCCUCCGGGAUGUGGAAAGACCAUGCUCGCCAACGCCUUCGCAGCCCGAUUAGGGGUCGCCUUCAUUCCCGUGUCUGCCCCGUCCCUUGUGGCGGGCAUGUCCGGAGAGUCUGAGAAGAAGAUUCGGGAGCUGUACGAGGAAGCCAAGGGCCUGGCGCCAUGUCUCGUCUUCAUCGACGAGCUCGAUGCCAUCAUGGGAAAGAGAGAGAACGCCCAAAGAGAGAUGGAGAAGCGCAUCGUCGCGCAGAUGCUCACCUGCAUGGACGAGCUGAGCUUGGAGAAGACCGGCGGCAAGCCCAUCAUCACUCUUGCUGCGACCAACCGACCGGACAGCAUCGAUCCUGCCCUUCGGAGAGCAGGCCGAUUCAACAGGGAGAUCAACAUUGGGGUGCCAAACGAGCAGGGCAGGGCCAUGAUCAUGCGGGCACUUACACGGAAGAAGAAGCUGUCGCCAGAGGUCAACCUCGAUGUUCUUGCGAAAAUGACCCCUGGUUUUGUCGGUGCAGACUUGGAGGACGUGAUUUCCGUUGCGACCGCCGACAUGCUUGAUCGAACGACCGAACAGAUUGUCAAACAAGCGGUUCUUGAUAUGGAAAGCAAUGGGCUCUUUUCGGACGGAUAUGAAGUAGCACCCAGAACCAGGGAUCUGCUCCGAGAACUCGAUGCCAUCAAUACCAUCUCAGGCCAGUCUAUUGAGGAGGAAGCGUGCGUCCUCACACAGCAGGACUUUGUGAGAGCAGUGUCCAAGGUCCAGCCAUCGGCCAAGCGCGAGGGUUUCACCACGAUUCCAGACACAACCUGGUCGCAAGUCGGCGCGCUGAAGAAGGUCCGGGAGGAGCUCGCCCUGGCCAUCGUGCGGCCGAUCGAGACGCCAGAGCAGUUUGCCACGCUCGGUUGGAAGUCCCCCUCGGGCGUGCUCCUCUGGGGUCCCCCGGGAUGCGGCAAGACGCUGCUGGCCAAGGCCGUGGCCAACGAGGCCAAGGCCAACUUCAUCUCGGUCAAGGGCCCGGAGCUGCUCAACAAGUACGUGGGCGAGUCGGAGCGGUCGGUGCGGCAGGUCUUCACCCGCGCGCGGUCGUCGGCGCCCUGCAUCCUCUUCUUCGACGAGCUCGACGCCCUGGUCCCGCGCCGCGGCGACAACAUCGCCGAGUCCAGCGCCCGCGUCGUCAACAUGCUGCUCACCGAGCUCGACGGCAUGGACAGCCGCGCCGGCGUCUACGUCAUCGGCGCCACCAACCGCCCGGACAUGAUCGACUCGGCCAUCCUGCGGCCGGGCCGCCUCGGCACCAGCCUGUUCGUCGACCUGCCCGACGAGGCCGGCCGCGUCGACAUCCUGCAGACCCGCAUGAAGAACGUGCUGCCCGACAUCGCCGAGCACGACCUGCUGGCCCUCGACCCCAUCGCCCGCCGCUGCGACGGCUUCAGCGGCGCCGACCUCGAGAACCUGCACAUCGCCGCCGCCAAGGCCGCCGUCGAGCGCAUGGACCUGCAGGGCGAGGGCAGCGUGCGCACGCUGACGCCCGCGGACUGGGAGGCCGCCCUGGGCAAGAUCCAGCCGUCCGUGUCGCAGCAGGCGUAUGCCAAGUUCACGAGACUCAAGGAGAAGGGCUGGAGCUAG